AUGGGCAGUCAGAAUCCAAAUGAAAUCCAGAUGAACGGAGUGGAUGAGAGAAGGGAGGACGAAGUGGAUCAGCUGAUUCGCAAUAUCUGGUCCUUUAUUACCAAAUUUGUCGCCAAUGAGACCGAACCUAUGACGUACCCAGCAUCCACUUUACUUAAGAUCCUCAUCAGAGCUGAGGAAAUCUUGACGGCUGAACCUUCAGUCCUCGAAUUAACUGUAACACUUUAUAAUAAUAGUUAUGCUUACGAUAACUGUUGAUAUGAAAUAAAUGCAUAUAAUAUAAUUUCAGGGAUCGGUAAUCAUCUUCGGUGACAUCCAAGGUCAUGCUGACAGUCUUCUGAGCCUUGCCAGUUUAGUCGAGACCCCUCCUCAGAAUGUUUUUCUUUUCUUAGGGAACUACAUUGGUCAAGGACAUGCUCCUCAUGAAUGUCUUUUCCUUCUCUUGGCUCUAAAAAUCAAAUAUCCAAAUCACGUUUAUCUCCUCAAGGGCGGAUGGGAAGACCCUGAGGCAUUAAAAGUAAGCUUAUAGAAAAAAUGGUCUUAUUGCGCUGACUUGCUCGUACCAAUGUUCUUCAGGCCCAUGAAUUCGUGGAAGGAUUAUACCUUCGUGGACUUCUGAAGACGUCGAUGACUUGGCAGAGAGUCUGUGCGGUCAUUAACCAACUCCCAAUCGCUGCUGUACUCUCCAAUAAAUACUUUUGUGUUCAUGGAGGAAUUGGCCCUCAACUUUUGAAACAUGGACUCAAGAGGCUGAAGAAGCACGGAAAACCCGCCAAAUGCUCACUUGAUCUGGCUCUGGAACAGGAAUGUGUUUGGGGAGCAUUCAGAGAGAAUGCAGCCGUCUACAAGUCUCAUGAUGGAUGUCCAACAUUUGGAGAGUCAGAGGUCGAGAGAUUCGUCAAGAACAACAACUUGAAGAUGAUUAUCAGGUCCCGGCAAGUUGUAUUUGAUGGAGUUCUGCAGCAUCCCCAGAGAAUGUUGACGGUCUGGUCAGCUGCUGUUUUCUUGGAUAAUUUCAGAAACAUGGGAGCAAUUCUUUGUUUGGACAGUGUUAAUGACAAGGUAUGAAAUUUCAUGGAUGAUAUAAAUUCUUUAGGCGAUUAUCAGCAGGAUCAAGGUGAUGGAAGAUGAGCCUAAAUCCUUGGAUGAGAAUAAGCCGACGCCUGGAAAAAAUGCGAUUUCUCUUGGUUGA